UAUCACAUCAAAAACUUUAGAUAUCAUUGAAGGAAAUAUUUAGAUAAUUCUCACAAAAAUGUAUAUUAACAAGAAAAAUGUGGCUAACAUGUUUACUGGACGGAUCUGUUACAAAUAUUAAUUGCGCGCGGUUCAUUCCUAUAAGGCAAUCUAAAAUUUAAGUACAUCGCUGUAUGUCAAUAAAUAUAAAAUAUGUAGAUUGUUCUUGCGAUAUUAUGUUUAUCUCUUGUUAAUGUAUAUGUCACGGAUUUGAUCUGUAAGCCACUCUAUGCCAGGUUGUAAACCUUCACCAGUGAUCGCAUUUGUUGCUCGUAUAUGCCAGGGUUUAUUUUGUAUACGAUCAAGGCCAAGGCCAGCAACAAGUUUAACAGUAGUCAAAGAAUCAGGCAAAUCCAUUUUAUUUGCCAAGAAAAGAAUCGGUAUUUUGCGACCUACAAUUUUGCGGUGUACAUUUUAUUUUUCGAUACGUUCCUCACUGUAAAAAAAGAAUACGAGAGUCUUGUACCUGCUACGUCUGGAUGUUGAAGAAGCAUAUCUAAUUCUUCUUUGACCACAACCAAUCGUAACUUAUCGCUGCUAUCAAUUAUAAAAAUAAUACCAUGACAGUCCUUGUAAUAAUGUUCCCAUAAGGCUCUAUGACGAUCAUGACCCGACAUGUCGAAUGCCGUAAAAAUGACAUUUUUGACUGGAAAAGAACAUAUUGUAUCUUUAUGCAAUAAUAUUGAGCGAAUAAAGUUUACAAAACUACUUUUUCCAUAGCUUCUGAGCGAGGAAAUGAGAAUCACUGAUCGCGUCACGUUACAGUGUCACAGUGUCACAGCUUGGCGGGACAUAUGUACAUGAAAAUAGGGUUAUUAAAGUAAUUGAUAAAUUAACUUGUUAUGGAGGUAAAAAAGAAUAAAGAACAUGACAAAAUUAACAUGUCUGAAGAACGUUUAAAAGAAAGUCAAGAUUUGCUGCAGGAAGAGAAGAAUAAAUUAAAAAAGCAAAUUAAAGCGUUGCAGGCUAUAAAUUUUGAAUUGGAAUGCAACUUAGACCUCUAUUCAUUUAAAGAUGUUAAAUUUGAGCCUGAUGUAAAUACUCUCGACAUAAUUGUGGAUCCUUCAAAAAUUCCGAAUACCAAUGUACAAUUGGAGUCGGAAUUAUUUCGAUUUGGUGGCUUAAGUUGUCUUCAGAUUUCCACAAAAGACUGUAUAUUUAAUUUAUCUUCGUUCAACGAAUACGACAAACAACAAAUUUUUGCUGUACAAAUAAUCUAUGGUGAUAAUAAAUGGACUUUAGGAAAAUGGCAUAUGCCAUUCGAUUUAGAUGAUAUAGUACAUAGGUUUUCUAGUAAUAUAAAAGAUGUACCUAGCUUUGUCAGAUCUUGUAAACAUUAUCUAGACUGUUAUUUUAUUCGGCGUGAAGAGUUUAAUGCGUUGAAGGAAACUGUAUCUGAUAUAAAGAAUAUUAAUUUGCACAAAAAUAUUGGAUAUACUCACAUUGUGUUAAAUUUGAUGAGUGUAUAUAAUGUCGAAUAUGAUUCACACAUGAAUAUAACUAUAUAUAUGCACUAUGAUUUUAAUGAAGUCAGGCCACAUAAAGUCGAUAUUGAGUCAGAAAAUGAACAGACAUUAAAUAAAGAAGAGAAAGUAAAAUUCAAAACAUUUCAAAAGUGGUUAAAAUUAUUAGAUCUCAAAACAGCUUUUGAACGAAUGUUGAAUGAUAAACUAUUGACAUGGUCAAAGGAAGUUAUUGGAGAUAGUCCACUACAAACUUAUGAUUCAGAUGGCUCUGGUGGAGGAGGCUUUCUAAAAACAGUCUUAUCUAAAAAUAAACAGUCCAAUAUCCCUCAAAGAGAGCAGAAGAGAAAAAGAAAGAAUGACUUACUAAUUUCAAAAGACGUUAAGAAAAACAAGGAAUCUAACGUUUUUGAGAAAAAGAAGAAAAAUAUACAGAAACCUAAUCAACAUUCCAUAAAUCCAACUAAGAAUAAUGAGAUUGUAAUAUCUACAAUUCCUGAACAUAAAUUACAACAUAAGAAAUUAAAACAGGCCAAAUUAAAUUUUCAAUUAAAUAAACAUUCACCUUUGAAGCCUAGUACAUCUAAAAAUCUGGUAACUCCUGAGAGCAGUAUAAUGAACGAAGACAUAGAUAAAGUGAUUACUAGUACCCCAAUGCAUCAAAAUGGUUCCAUACGUAUGGAAACAGAUAGUCUUGACAAUAUUAGUGCUAUCAGUAAUAAACAAGAAAUUGAGAUUAAUAAAAAAAGAAAAAGACAUGAGUAAAGAUAGUAAAUGUAAGUGUACCAUGAUGAUUGAAAUAACUAAAAAUAUAUUGUUUUCUAUGCAACCAA